CGGAGCUCAUCUCUGGUUCCGAACCGUCCACCGGGCUCCGGGACAGGUGGCCCUGGGACUGCAGGGCCUCCUCGUAUUUUUGCAGCUGAGACCAGAAACCAGGAUUGGGCUCGGCUACCGGGCGGGCGCUCUUCACUGUCUGCAAGGAAAGCUCCAAGUGAGUCCAGAAUUUCAAGGCUGCGAGAGCCCCACUCCAAAUCACAGUCCCCGCCCUUCCAGGUGCCCCGCCCCAAAUCCAGUCCCGCCCUUCCCGGAACUCCCGCCAAAAACCACAGCCCCAGCCCUUCCCGGAAGUCCCGCCCCAAGGCGCAUGCUCCUUCCUUCCCGGAAGAUCCGCCCCAAAGCACUAGCCCCACUAAAAUGCCUGCCCAUCCUAAGGCAAGAGCCCGCCUUCCCGGAAGGCCGCCCACACCCGUGCCCAGCCAUGCCUCGGGCGUUCUCUCCCAGCAUCCGCGGCACUGGGAGGAGCAGCACGCCUAGCAGGGGGCGCGGCACACCGGAAGUCCCGCCCCGGAGGAAGCCCGCAGAAGUUCCGCCCCGUGGGAGGAAAGCCCCGCCCCCGAAAGGGCCGGCCCCCCGGGAGGGCCGCUCCCCGGAAAGAAGGCCCGCCCCUCGAAGGAAGCCCCGGAAGGGCCGCCCACCUGGAAGGCGCGCGCCAGGCUGAGGCCUCGGUGCCGCAUGAGAUAGGCUGUGCAGACGGUGGCCGAGCGGCUGCGGCCGUUCUUGCAGUAUACGAGGCAGGCACCGCCGGCGCGCACCGUGGCCUCCAUGGCGGCGCAGGUGUCCUCCAGGUGCUCGAGCAGGUCCUCGGCCGGGUCGUCGAACACAGGCACGCGCAGGUGGGCCACGCCGGGCGCGCUCGGCGGCGGCUGCUGGCGCGAGACGUUGACGCAUAGCGUGACGCCCGCGCGCGCCAGCGCUUCCGGCCCGGCCGCGGCGCGCGCGCUCCCGAGGAAGAGCCCGGGGGCGACGCGCACGAAGGGCGGCGGCGCGGGAGCGGCGGCCGCGGGCUGCAUGGCUGGCUGCUGGGGCGUUGUGCCCGAGGGACCGCCCGCGCAUUGGCGCUUCAAGCGCCGCGUCCUCGCGAACUGUCGCGCCGUGACUGUGGUGCGCGGCCCCGUCCCGAGCCCCGUGCAGGCCUCGGCGCCCCGGCCCGCCGUCCCCGGGCUAGGACAGAGGAGACUCGGCCGUGCGCUGGCCCCUCCCUCUGCUUUCACCCCCCGGAGGGCAUCCGUGGGCCUCUCCCAGGUGGUGGGUGACAGCCUGGAGCCUCCCUCGCCCUCCGUGGCCCCUGUGGGCCAAGAGCUCGGCGCACCUGUGGCCCCUGACGAGGAGCAGAAGGCAUCUCCGUUGUCCGGGGAUGGGCAGACCGUGUGGAGCCCGGCGGGCUCCGGGCAGAGGAGCCCCUCCGAACCCCCGGAGGAGGAGAUGCUGGACUUCUGCAGGGAUCUGGAGCUGGACCACGUCAUGCAGGAGUGGCAGGACGGCUGCGUGUACCAGGGGGAGUUGGGCCAUGGCAUGAGGAUGGGCUGUGGGCAGUUCUCCUGGCCGACAGGCGAGGUGUACCGCGGGCAGUUCUACCGGGACCACCGCCACGGCGUGGGCACCUACAUGUGGCCGGACGGCUCCAGUUUCACAGGCACGUUUUACCUCAGCUCCCGAGAAGGCUACGGCACCAUGUACCUUAAGCCCAGUGUCUUCAAGGGGCUGUACAAGGCAGACAGGCGGUUCGGGCCUGGCUUCGAGACGUACACCGAUGGCAGCCAGGACGUGGGGCUGUGGCUCCGGGAGCACCUCAUCCAGCUGUGCACGCCUGUGCCCAUGGGCUUCUCCAUGCAGGACCACCCCGAGUUCUCCAGCUUCCUGAGCUGCACCCCGGCACGAGCCAGGCUCUCUGACGAGCCCAGGGCAGAGCAGGCGCCCGGCCCCGAGCCGGACCCCUUCCCCUACCCUUACAAGCAGCUCCUGCAGGACGACGGCCUGGCCCUGCCCCCAGACAUGGACGUCUACUCCACCGACAGCGGCCACCUGCCCCUGCCCGCCUCGAUGCAGCAGGACCUGGACACCCGCAUCUUCCUCAGCGAGACGCCCCCGCCCAAGGACGAGAAGCCUUGGGCCGUCAAGAACGAGACCCCCUUGUUGGUCCAGAUGCAGAGGCAUGCCUACAGGUUCAGGCACAGGACAGCGCAUGGCAGAUGGAGGAUGGACGCCAUCCUGGCGGGGGACCGCACGGGCUUCGGGCAGCCGGGGCCCAAGGAGCAGCUGGCGGCGGAGAUGAUCCUGAAGGCCGGGCAGGGCGACCUCGACUGGGUGCGCCUCGUCCUGCAGAGCAAGCACACCAGCCCCGACGUGGCCGACUCCCGGGGCUACUGCGCGCUGGCCUCUGCCGCCGUCCACUGCCACACGGACAUCGUCCAGCUCCUCCUGGACUACGGGGCCGACGUGAACAAGUGCUCGGACGAGGGCCUCACGCCGCUCGCCAUGUGUGUCCUGCUCUACUACCCGGCCUGGACCUUCAAGUGCAACGUGGCCGAACGCACAGUGUCCCUGUUCAAGCAGGACAUCACCUGGGACACCCCGAGGCUCGCCGUGUGCUCUGCUCACACCCUCUCCAAUGUGGACAUGGGGCCGCAGCCCGUGCACAGAGAGGACUCUGUACCCACUGCGGGCCCCCACGAGGUGAGUCUGGCGCUACCCCCAGCGCCCUUGGAAGGCUCCUUCGAAGCCACGUCCUCCGCCCCGGAGAUGUCGUGGGAGUCCAGCGAGCUGUGGAGCAGUUUACAGGACUGGAGCUCCUCGCACGGGGACAGCCUCAGCGACCUGGAGUUGGACCUGGACGUCAGGUCUGGCCAUCAGGGCAAGCUGAGCUCUCAGAGCCUCUUCGAGUCCAUGCUGUGCGUGCGGAACUUCUCCGUCAGGCUGUCGCGGGACAUCGUGGAGCGGGGCGUGCUGGCCUCCUAUGGCCUGCACCGGCUGUCCUCGCUCCAGUGCAGCGACUCCAGCAGGGGUGGCCUGUGGAAGAUGGUGCAGUCCAUGGCGGAGCAAAGGAGCCGGUGGUCGACCAUCUGCAUGCUGCUGCGCCGUGGCGCUGACCCCAACCUGAGCCGCGUGCCCAUGCCGGUGCUCUUCUUUGCCGUGAAGGCAGGAGACGUGGACGGAGUGCGGCUGCUGCUGGAGAGCGGGGCCCGCACCGACAUCCACUACCCCCCUGAGCUCAGGUCCCUGACCCCCCUGCACAUCGCGGCUGCCCUGCCCGGGGAGGAGGGCACCAAGAUCACCGAGCUGCUGCUCCACGCCAUCACUGACGUGGACGCCCGGGCCUCAGACCAGGAGGAGUUGUACAAACCCCACCAGCAGGAUCUCCAACCAUCCACCAUGAAGCUGAGCGGUGAGCUGGGUCCCCCCAGCAACUACUAUAACAUGCCGGCCUCCGGGGAGGGGAGCCAGGGGGGCCGGACGCCUCUGCACGUGGCCUGUGAGCGCAACGACAAUGAGAAGCAUGCCCAGGAUGUGGUCCAGCUUCUCCUGUCCCACAAGGCAAACCCCAACCUGCUGUGGAGUGGGCACUCCCCACUCUCCCUGGCCAUUGUCAGCAGGAAUGACCUGAUCGUGAAGGAGCUGCUGACCCAUGGUGCUGACCCCAACCUGCUGCUGACCAAAGGCCUGGGCAGUGCGCUCUGCGUGGCCUGUGACAUCAGCUGUGAGAACCACAGGAGCCUGGACAGCUCCAUCGCCCUGAUCGACCGGCUCAUCAGUUUCGGGGCUGACAUCCUGAACCCCGUGACGCUCACGCAGGGGGACAGGGUGGCCGUGGGCACUGCUGUGGACUACGGGUACUUCCGGUUCUUCCAGGACCGCAGGAUCUCCCACAGCGCCUUCCACACGCUCCUGCCGCACGAGCGUGACACGCUGGUGGCCUGGAAGAGGCUGCUGGAGCACAUGGGCUUCCUGCUGCGCAGCGCCGUCCUGGCCCGCGAGGCCCAUUGGGAGCCCCGCGUCCUGUACCUGAGCAAGCGAGCGGAGCUGAUCCACUACAACAGGCUGAGGCGGAAAGGCCUGGGCAAGAAGAUGUCCAUCCGAGAGGACCCCAUGCAACCCCCUUGCAGGGUACCCUUCUUCAAGUUCUGCUACCAGUGUGGACGCUCCGUGGGGGUGCGGCUGGUGCCCUGCGUCCGCUGCUAUGGCGUGCUGACGUGCAGCAAGUCCUGCAAAGGCCGCUUGUGGGUGGACAUCCACAAGAAGGAGUGCGGCCAGUUCCAGGCGCUGGGUGCUGGGACACAUUACCACAGGAUCACAAUCCCCAGGCUGCACAGGGUGCACAGGGCAGUGGCUCUUCACAAGGAACAUGCGAGCCCCAACCGGCUGCACUACACAGACUACAGCCAGGAAUGAGCGGGGCCGCCCACUGCA